UUAGCAGAUUGACUUUCAAAUUUGACGGCCCUGAAAUACUUCUUGAUUGAGAAUGCUUUAUUACCGCUGAAAAGCUCGUCUAGUUUCUCAAUCCCACCUCGUAAAAUUACUUCACAAGUUGAUGUUUUUGAGCGGCAAGACGAUAUGAAGUUUGAAGAUGCGUACGAAGUCACAGAGUUUAUUGGUAAAGGUUCGUUUGGGGAAGUUAAGAAGUGUGUUCACUUGAAAACACACGAGUUAUUUGCGGUAAAAGAAAUUGUUGUAACCAACGGUAAAGACGAUCGAGAAAAGGCUGUGCAAGAAGCUGAGAUCUGCGGGUGCCUCGACCAUCCAAGCAUAGUGAAGUUAGAAGAGGUUUUCUACACUGAUACAUCAGUUCUCAUGGUACUAGAGUACCUUCCAGGUGGAGACCUGUUUGAUGGUAUUGUGUCCAGGAAACACUACAGUGAGAAGGACGCAUGCGCGUGUAUUCGGCAGGUUUUGAAGGCUCUGAAAUAUUUAUCAGAGAAGGGAAUCAUUCACAGGGAUUUAAAACCUGAAAACUUGCUAUUGUCAGAGAGAUCGUGCGAGGAAAAACCGCCGGUGAUUAAGCUAACAGACUUUGGAAUAGCGAAGCUUAUGAAAGAUGGUGUGCGUACUAUCUCCUGUCGUGGUAGCGGUUCUCCUAUGUAUCUUGCCCCUGAGACCAUCUUGGAGAGUUCCAUAGACUCCGCAGUGGAUAUGUGGGCGUGUGGGGUUAUUCUCUACUUACUACUG